UGGUGGUGGUGGUGGUGAGAUUUUUUUGAGCGAGUGAAUGCUAGAGUCCGUCGUUUUAGUGGUGAUGUAGCCUUGGAUUUGGUUCCAAAGCCAACUUCCUAAGCCAAAACCUGAGAGGACGGUACGUCUGUGUGUUUUGUGGGGUUUGAAGGAUCGAGAAAGACGUACCCAAUUCCAAGCUUAACUUUUUUCUGCACUUUGCAAGUACCCAAGUAGUUUGACCCAAUGCAGAACUUGUGUAAGAAAGAAUCUAGUAUAAGUGUUUCACAUUCAGCAUCCCUGUACUUUGUUGGUUGUCCAUCAUGGGGGAUUUCUGCUGAAUCAUAUGUUGAGCAAUCAUCUAGACCCAGAAGUUUAAGCUUGAAGAUGGGAGUUCCACCACAACACUGCCAUAACACCAAGCAAUUGAAUUUUCAAUUCCAAGACCAGGAUUCGUCCUCAACUCACUCAACUGGUGAAUCUUAUCCUGCAGUGGUUAGUAUGCAGGAAAGCUAUGCUUGUGGACAAGGAAUAGUUUCACCACAAUCAGGAUAUAUUGAAACUAAGGGGAAGCUUGUUGGAGGUAUCAUCAAAUCUUCCUCACCAAUUGGUGCUCAGGAUUUUGUCUUCUUGCCUUCACAGAAUGAUUACAAUCAAUCAGUUGCUCACAUUCCAUUCCUCCAUGCUGAUCCAUAUUUUGGUGGUUUAUUGGCUGCUGCUUAUGGUUCACAAUCUAUCGUAAGUACCUCAAUUCAUCAUCCCCAAAUCAUAGGGAUGACCCCAACUCGAGUGCCCCUACCUCUCGAUCUUACAGAGGAUGAACCCAUUUAUGUCAAUUCAAAACAGUACCAUGCGAUUCUCAGACGGAGACAGUAUCGAGCUAAGCUUGAAGCUCAGAACAAACUCAUCAAAGAUCGGAAGCCGUAUCUUCAUGAAUCUCGGCAUCUUCAUGCAUUAAAGAGGGCUAGAGGAUCUGGUGGACGUUUUCUCAACACAAAGAAGCUCCAAGAAGAUGCAUCCAUCGCCUCCUGCUCUGAUGUGAUAAGUGCCUCCAACAGUGACAACAUCUUGCAGCCACCAGAAUUUAGGUUCAAUUGUUAUCCUUCUCCUGUUGGUGGGACCAUGUGAGGUCAUUCAGUUGAUAUGCGCGGUGGUGGUGGUGGUAAGCAACACCUACACCUUCCUCCCACCCUCCAAUGAGAGAUGUGGCAAACCACGCACAUCCAGCAGUCUGUGUUCCAUUUUUGGAGGUGGCUGCUGGAAGGGAAGUCAUCCUUGGCUAUUUUACUUUUUGCUGUUUUACUGCUUGUCAAUUAAGCCUGUCAAAAAACAAAACAAAAACCGUUAUUGGUUAUGUAUCAUUUUCGCAUCGGGCUUACAAGCACCUUAAGACUAAUGUUAUGAUGUUAAGUUGGUGAUUGUUGAUACUUGAUAGUAACAUAUUUGCUCCUUUGAGCAUGACAUAA